AAGUUCUGUUGUCUCCCCCUCCACCAAUGCUAUGGUGGCGACUGAUGAUGACGUCAGCACCUGUUCUUUGACUGGGAGUGAGACUGGCGAUGCUCCCUGGUGGCAGAUGGAUCUGAAUGAGGCAGUUACUGUCUUAAGUGUUGAGAUCACAAACCGGAAUGAUGACAAAUACAAGUGGCUCUCCAACAUCCAGAUUGAUCUUUAUGAUCAACUGCCAUCAAGCUGCUCAGGCGACACAGAGGUCACCCCUCGCAAGUGCACAUCCCGUGAAGAACAAGUUGGUCGAGGAGAGGCAGUAACCUUGACUUGUGACACGCCCACUACCGGCCGUUACGUGAGGAUCACCAAGAAGGUAAAACUUCCUGACGAAGCCUUGUCUCUGUGCGAAGUCACCGUCACCACUUUACCUUCAACAUAACAACACAUUCGUGUGACACGCGCCACCUUUGGCAUAUGAACCCAAACUGCUCGUCAUUGGGUCUUUGUACUACAACGUAAUAAAUAGCAGCAAGCGAUCAGAGUUGUCUGUAUUAA